AUGCCUGUAUCUCAUGAAGUCGAAAUUCGCCGAUUUCAAUCAGUAACUGGUUGGCAAAAUGAAGAUUAUAUUAUUAAUUAUCUGAAAAUAUUCAAUUGGGAUCUUGAUUUUGCAGUUGUUACUUAUCUUGAUAAUUUCGAUGAAAUAAAUGAGAAUCGAGAAAUCUUUGAGCAACAAAUUUUAGCUGAACAACUAACAAGUCAAGAGGAUGAGGAACAAAUAUCAGAUAGUUCUUCGGAAGUUUUAGUUAAUACAUAUAAUCAACAGCAGAACACCGAUCAACAAUUAACAACAACAGAUAAUUCAUUAAUACCAACAGAUACUGGUAUUGAUCCAUUCGAUGAAAAUAUACAACGACUGAUAGAAAAUAUUGAUUCAAAUGUUAUUGGUCGAGAUCUUUUUAUUAUCACACCAUGGGGACAACGGAAAGUUAUUUAUGCUGAUUAUACUGCAUCAGGUCGAGCUUUGAAAUUUAUUGAAAAAUAUAUGACCGAAACUAUCAGACCAUUGUAUGGAAAAAAUAUAUGCUUUCGAAUGUAUAGUGUUCCUUUUAGUUAUGCAAAUACACAUAGUGAGCAUAGUGCAUGUGCAUUACAAACAACAAGGUUUCGUGAAGCAUCACGAGCACUUAUAAAAGAAUAUGUUCAUGCAACUGAUGAUGAUGUUGUUAUAUUUACAGGAUCAGGUUCAACAGCUGCUAUUAAUAAACUUGUUGGCGUUUUAGGUUUAAAAAAUGAAGAAAUUCGAAGUCGAACAGUUGUUUUCAUUAGUACACUUGAACAUCAUUCAAAUAUUUUACCAUGGAAAGAAACGGGAGUUCAUGUUGUACGUAUUCCUAAUGAUGCAAAAGGUCUACUUGAUUAUAAUACUUUAAAAGAAGAAUUAGAAUAUUAUCGUGGCAGUGAUAAGAACAAUAUAAUUUGCACAUUUAAUGCUGCAAGUAAUGUAACUGGUAUUCUUACAGAUGUUGAUCGUAUAUCAACAUUAGUUCAUGAAUAUGAUGGUUUGAUUUUUUGGGAUUAUGCAGCAGGUGCACCUUAUUUAAAAAUUGAUAUGAAUCCAUCAGAAACAGCUUAUAAAGAUGCAGUUUUUAUUUCCACACAUAAAUUUGUUGGUGGACCAUCAACACCAGGAAUAUUAGUUGCAAAGAAAAAAUUAUUUAUGAAUGUUAUACCAAGUGGUGUCGGUGGUGGUACAGUUAAUUUUGUAACACGAGAACAAACUGAAUAUUUAAAUGAUAUUGAAUCACGUGAAGAAGGUGGAACAUCGGAUAUACUUGGUUCAAUUCAAGCUGGUUUAGUUUUCCGUUUAAAAGAUUCAGUCGGAGAAGAAUUUAUAGAAAAACGUGAAAAUAGAUUAGUUAAAAAAUUUUUUCGACGUUUUCGUAGUCAUCCAACAUUAAAAUCUCUUGGUUCACCAGAUCUUCCUCGUCUUGCAAUUUUUUCAUUUCUUAUUUAUGUACCAAUAUUUGAGAAAUACUUACACCAUAAUUUUAUUUGUGUUUUAUUAAAUGAUUUGUUUGGUAUUCAAGUUCGAUCAGGUUGUUCAUGUGCUGGUCCUUAUGUUUUAGAAUUACUUGGUAUCAAUGAUGAAACAGCGGCCGUUUUUACAAAAUUUAUUACUGAAAAUGAAAAUAAUACAGAGGAUUCGAUUCCAAGAAAUGCAUUAAUGAAACCAGGUUUUAGUCGAUUUAAUUUAUCAUAUUUUGCGAGUGAUGAAGAAGUUGAUUAUAUUCUUGAUGCAAUUGAAUUUGUUGCCAAUGACGGAUGGCGAUUUUUAUCAUUAUAUACAUAUAAUCCAAUAAAAGCUAUUUGGCAUCCUCGUAAUCAACCAAUUCCAAAUAGUUCUAUACAUUUUCAUAGUCUUCAUAGAAUAAUAUUUGAAGAUGGAAUCAUACGAGAAGAUCAAUCUACUGAAUUAAACACAGUUCUAGAAAAUAAUAUUCAAUUAGAUACUUCAUCUUCAAAUGAUCCAUUAGAACAAGCUAAAUCAAUGAAGGAUAAUUUAUCAAGAUAUAUUUAUGAUAGUGUUCAUUUUCCAGUUGAUCCACCAUUAAAUAUUCCAGUGGAAUAUCAAGAUUAUAUCUGGUUUAUUACACCAAUACAAGUUAUACGAAGACUUACACGUGAUUAUGAAGAUACAAUCCCACAACGUCCUCCGCCAUUUUGUCCGAAUUGA